AUGGCUACUCCUAAAAUCACCCUUUAUUUCGACCUUGGCAGUCCCUUCGCCUGCAUUGCGUUCCAUGCUUUGAGAAUAUCCCCUGUCUUUGCGACAUGUGACAUUCACUAUGUCCCCGUCUCCCUGCGAGAACUGUUUCAGUUCUGUCAAAACACGCCUCCUCUUGCAGUCAAGAACAAGUUCCAAUGGAUUAACCGAGAGCGUAUUUACUGGGCUCGUCGCUUCCAGGUUCCCAUGUCCGAAGCCAUCCCAGAAGGCUUUCCCGCAUCCACCUCGGAUGUUCAGCUCGCUCUUUGCCUUCUGGCUACACAACAUCCUGAGAAGCUAGUUUCCAUCGUGGAUAAGCUCUAUCGUGGGUUCUGGGUAGAGGGAAACUCGAACGUUCUCACUCAAUCCGGUUUCGCUGCUGUCUUUGAGAGCGAGCUUGGCGCCGAGAACACUAAGCAAAUUUUGGAUCAGAUCAAAAGUACAGAGGCAAACGCCAUCUUAGAUGAGAACACACAACAGGUCUUCACCUCCGGCGCCUUCGGUUUGCCUUGGUUCGAUUGCAUAAACGCCGAUGGGGCAAAGGAAAGCUUCUGGGGAAUUGAUCAUUUGGGGCGUCUUGUGGACUUUCUGCAACUAGAUGCCAGCCUAGACGAGGCUUUCCGUGUCUUACUCUAA